AUAUGUGAGCAUAAAAAUUCAUGAAGAAGCAACAAAAAUAAAAGUGAAGUGUGAAAAAAGACUUGUUAAGAAGAGGGUAGUAAUGGAAAAGGAGAAAGGAAGAGUUUGUGUAACAGGAGGUACAGGGUUUAUAGGUUCAUGGAUUAUCAAAAGACUACUUGAAGAUGGUUAUACUGUUAAUACCACUAUUAGAUCUAAUCCAGGGCAUAAAAAAGACAUUAGCUUCCUCACAAAUCUUCGUGAUGCAUCCCAAAAGCUAAAAAUUUUCAUAGCUGAUCUUAGCGAGCCUGAAAGUUUCAAUGCAGCAAUUGAAGGUUGCAUAGGAAUAUUCCACACUGCUACUCCAAUUGAUUUUGAAGAGAACGAGGCAGAGGAAAUAGUGACAAAAAGAACAAUUGAUGGAGCAUUAGGAAUUUUAAAAGCAUGCAAAAAUUCAAAGACAGUGAAGAGAGUUGUUUACACUUCAAGUGCUUCAGCUGUUUAUUGGCAAGACAAAGAAGAAGAUGUAAUGGAUGAAAGUUAUUGGAGUGAUGUGAAUAUUCUUAGACAUUUGAAGCCAUUUGCUUGGUCAUAUUCAGUUUCUAAGACACUAGCUGAAAAGGCUGUUCUUCAAUUUGGACAACAACAUGGGUUGGAUGUUGUGACUCUUGUACCAUCUUUUGUUGUUGGACCCUUUGUUUGUCCUAAGCUUCCUGGAUCAGUUUUUAGUUCACUAGCUUUCUUGUUUGGUAAUAUUGAGAAGAAUCCAUUGGUUGCAUCUCGUCUACAUAUGGUACAUGUUGAUGACGUGGCACGAGCACAUAUAUUUUUACUUGAACAUCCUAAUCCAAAAGGGAGAUAUAAUUGCUCACCAUUCAUUGCAACUAUUGAUGAAAUAUCACAACUUGUUUCUUCCAAAUAUCCCCAAUUUCAUAUACCAACAUCUCAGGAGCUGAUGGAAGUUAAAGGUCCCAAACUUCCACAUUUAACCUCAAAGAAACUUAUGAAUGCUGGAUUCGAGUUCAAGUAUAGCCUUGACGAAAUGUUUGAGGACGCAAUUCAAUGUUGCAAGGAAAAGGGUUAUCUUUGAACCACAAAGCUAACAAAGGUUGAUAGAAAUAAAUAAAUAAAUAAUAUGUUGUUUGACAUGUACCUCAACAUAUGCAUGGAGUUAUAUGCAAUAAUAACAUAGAGUGUAUACAUUCAAUAUUGAUAAAUACUUGAGUCAUUACUAUUUACACUGGUAGUCUUUCAAUUAGUGUAACAAUAAAAAGAAGACUAUAUAUGCUUGUUAAAAAUAAGCAAGUGGAAAUUCAAAGUCAA